CGAGUGAGCCCAAAACCAGAAAGUCGAUUCCGCUACUUAGCUUCCUAAGUACCAUCUGGCGACGGUUAACACAUAAUAAAAUGGCUAAAAUAUAAAAUUAGACAACAUACACGAUCAAACUUAUCAAAAUAGAUAAUAUAUCGUCGUAUUUACAAUUUUAGCAUUCGUAUUCGGCACCUUAUUUUCUAAAAAUUAACUUUCGGUACACCGUACAUCGAAAAACACGGGCCCGGCUAUACUCAGUACACGAGCUGCCGAAUAUAGCACUAUAGCUCAUAUUCGACACCUUAUAUACCGAAAAUCAGGUGUAUUUGACACACGAGGUACCGAAUAUGGUACUGCAACCCAUAUUCAAUACCUCAUAUACCGAAUAUGGCGAAUUCGGUACCUCAUGUGCCGAAUAUAGCGAAUUCGGCACCACUGAUUUUCGACACACGAGGUGCUGCUCGUGUGCCGAAUAGCCGGGCCUGUGUUUUGUCACGCACGAUAUACCGAAAGUCACUUUUCGGUAAAUAAGAUACCGGAUACAAAUAUUAAAAUUAUAAAUAUGAUAAUAUGUUACCUACUUCGAUAAAUAAAAUCCCAUAUAUUAUCUAAAUUUAGAUUUUGAGCUCAUAAAAAUGGUGACCGACCUACCAACCAUAGUACAGUUGAACUAGUAGCAUGCCAGCUUGCCCGUACUACACUCCAACAACCUUACCGCAGUAUCUGCCAUGGCGGCCACCAGCCUCAGCCGAUCCGCGACAUUCCUGCCCGGGUGAGGCCAACCGCUUUGCUCCUCUCGGUAAAUCGAUCUAGCCCCAACUAAAAAGCAACGCCGAAAUUAAAAAACAGGAGAAAAAAGAAGCUCGCAGAAGUGAGCUCCCACCACCACCACCACCACCACCUCCUCUCUCUCUCUCCGCUCGCGCCACCACCGAACCCUCCGGUCCAAACCCCCUCCUCGCAUCGCGUCGCAUGCCGCCUCGCGCCACGAGGCGGCGGCGCAGCUGACCCCCCCCCCCGACCCCCUGGAGGCAGCAAACAUGGGCGGCGUGACGUCCACCAUCGCCGCGCGCUUCGCCUUCUUCCCGCCCACGCCACCGUCCUACACCGUCGUCGUCGCCGACACCGCCACCGGCCGCCUCGCCAUCCCCGAGAUCUCCCGGCCCCCGGCGCGCCGCCGGAGGAGGGACGGCGCCGGAGGGGACUCCUCCGGCGCCGCCGAGGAGGAGGACGGCACGGAGGUGGUGCGCCUCCGCACGCGCCGCGGGAACGAGAUCGUGGGUGUGUACGUGCGCCACGCGCGGGCCUCCUCCACGAUGCUCUACUCCCACGGGAACGCCGCCGACCUCGGCCAGAUGUACGGGCUCUUCGUCGAGCUCAGCCGCCGCCUCCGCAUCAGCAUCUUCGGGUAUGAUUAUGCUGGUUAUGGGAGAUCUAUAGGGAAGCCCACUGAGUGUAAUACAUAUGCAGACAUUGAAGCAGCAUAUAACUGCCUCAAGGUAAAAUAUGGUGUUGCAGAUGAGGAUAUAAUCUUGUAUGGUCAGUCUGUUGGAAGUGGUCCAACCAUUGAUCUUGCUUCACGAUUGCGAAACUUGCGAGCUGUGGUUUUGCAUAGUCCCAUAUUAUCUGGACUAAGAGUACUAUAUCCAGUCAAACGGACCUUUUGGUUCGACAUUUACAAGAACAUCAACAAAAUUGGCUUGGUAAAUUGUCCAGUGCUUGUCAUUCAUGGUACAUCAGACGAUGUCGUUGACUGCUCCCAUGGAAAACAGCUUUGGGAGCUUUGUAAAGUAAAAUAUUCACCGCUGUGGUUAAGUGGUGGUGGCCACUGCAAUCUCGAGCUGUAUCCUGAUUAUAUUAGGCACUUGAAGAAGUUUGUAUCGAGCCUUAGCAAAAAAUCGUCAAAACCUGACCCUAAAGAGAUAGCAGCAAAGGAUGACACCACUAGUAAAGGCACAGAGGCCGCAUGCUCAGACAAACCCCAAGAGGCUGCAAAGUGCUCACAGAUCUCGCGGAAGAGACUAGAUAGCCGAGUUGGGAAAUCUAAAACAGUGGAUGUUCCUGAGAAACCACAGAUGACCUUAGAUGAUAUCGACAAGUUACAGAGGAGAAGAUGCUUGGUUUGGUGAUGUGAUCUUCUGCACAAUUUGUGGAACAGUACCUGAAUACUCUAUAGCAUGGGAAUCAAGCAACUGUAUUACAUCAUACUGCGAGGAAUGGCAUAAGUGGUUCCUGCAGUGGAGAAAAAAGAGCUGUUAAGUAAGGGAAAAGAAUCAGGAAGCUACUAUCAUCCAUCAAAGAGCUACUACUGAAAACUGGUAGUUCCUCGGUUAAUUUAACACUUACACCAUCAACCUGUUUUGCAGCACCAGUUAGGAUUUCCAUCAUGUAAAAGUGUACCAUUGUUGUCUGUAAUCACGAGGGACCAAUACAAACUUUUCCUGCCACUUUGUGCAAAGUCUAAAGCCUUGACGCAA